GCAAAUCAAGGGGAGCGGGGGCUGAGCCAGGCGCAGAGCGGGCGCUGGGCCGGAGGGGCCCCGGGGACCUUCCGGGCAUCUGGGCGUAGGCCUUCAGCCAGCCUCGGCAAGCCUCCAGGUUGUUGAACUGCCCCUGGUGGAGUUUGACAGUUGAGAGCCGAGAGGCUUGAGGGUGUUCGGGAGCCCCAAAGAGAACAGGAUGGGAAACCGAGUCCUAGACAAGCGAAGUAAGCUGCUGAUUCCUUCACCUAGUCAGGCAGGGCCAGGGCCAGUCUAGGGCUCUUGUCCACCGCACUCCAGGUCUUCCCCAGGCCGCCUGCACCCUGGGCAGGCAGGACGCUGAGUGGUGCGCGAGGAGGCUGCCUCCCUUCCCCAGCCUCCGAGCAGGUGCUGCGGGCAGCCACAGCGACCCUCUCAAACCUGGCUUCCUCCAGGCGCCGGGCUCUCCUUGAGGAGACUGCCUCUAGAGAUGUCCUUCCUGGCAACCAGGCUCCCAAGUGAGGGUAGCGGGCAGGCGGGAACAUAGGGGCGCCCUCAGCGCCUCGCAUUCCCCCUCCCCCCACCCCCUGGAUGGGGCUGGGGCGCAUGUCAUUCAGGGUGGCUGUGUUGGAGAGGAGUUAGGACGUCUGAACUUUCCUGAUGAGUGCAAAAAUCCGCUGCCCGCCCUGUGCUCAACGCGUUCAUUCUGUCUGUGGCUCCAAUUCCCUAUGCUGACUCAGUGCUUCCUCUCCAGCACCUCGGAGCAAAAGAUUGUGGCCUCCAAGAAAGCAAGCAAGAUUAAGGGGCCCUCUGCGGACUCUCACUUCCCAGGGAAAUUUAGAAACUCAGGGUGAGAGGAAUAGCUAGAGGGGAAACAUGGUCCAUGAAAUGCUAGCAUUUAAUUCUCAUAACAACCCUAUGAGGUGUAUUAUCCCCAUUUUAAAUGUGAGGAAAUGAAGCUCGGCACACUGAGUACCUUGUCCUGGGUCACACAGCUAGAAAUGGCAGACAGAAUUUGCAUUCAAAUUUGUCGAAUUUGUCUAACUCUGAAACUUGAUCUCAGGUGACUGUGAAGGGCUUAUGAUUUAAGUAGAUAAAACUGCCUUCCUCAAGAUUCCAAGAUUGUAUCAUAUACCUAGUUUCAGCUGGAAUGUCUGUUUCAAGUGCCUUCUAUGUAUCAGAAACUUGAUAGGUACGUUUAGUGGGAAACCAGAGUCCCAUUAUGGAGGGGGCAGGGUGGGGGGAGAGUUAUCAUGUUGGAUUCUGCCUGUUGUUAAGCUUUCUGGAAGUUGAAAUAGCGUUCACAAAAAUAUCAGAAAAGGAGACCACAUCCUGCCUCAUGUGUGGGUAGGAAGAGUGCAGAGGACUUGAUAAACCCUUAUCUGGGAAGACCUUCCUUUCAUUUGGGGUGUCUGGCAAGAUACAAAAAUGGGUGAAGCCAUGGUCCUCUCCACUCCCCCUCCCAUCUCCGGGCAAAAGAUGAAAAAGGAGGAUUCCCAGCGUCUAUGGAAGAAAUAGCACUUUCCACAGUGUCUUCAUGGCAUUUAUUCUUUUAACAAAUAUAUAUAUUGUCUAUAUGCCCAGCAUUGUUCUAGGUACUGGGGACAUGGUGGUGAAUCAAAGUUAUAUAGUUCAUGCUCUCAGAGAGUUUAUAUGCUGGUGGGGAGAGGCAGGAAAUGAAUAAGAAUAUAUCCUGUAGUUAGUACAAUUGAGAGAGAGAUUUGGGUGGUCAGGGAAGCCCUCUCUAAAGAGAUGACAUUUAGGCUUCAGCCUGAAUGGCAAGGAGUCAGCUCUUGCAAAGACCGGGAGGAAGAGCCUUCCAGACAGAAGGGACAGGAAGUGCAAAGGCCCUGAGGCAGCAACAGAAAAGGUCAUUUUGAGUAACAAGAAGGAGGAGGCUACCAUGGUAGAGCUAUCUGAAGUGAGGUGGGAAAGGGAGUGGGAGCUGAUUGUGUGGGUGCCUGUAGGCAGUAUGGGAAGGACUUGGAGUUUUAUUCAAACUGUAAUGGCAAGCUGUUAGAGGGUUUUAAGCAGAGAUGAGGCACAAUCUGAUUUAUCUUAUGAAAAGAUCAGUUGGGCUGCUGGACGGAGAGUGGAUAGUAGGGAACGAGAGUAGAAGCAGAGAAGCCACUCAGGAGGCUCUCACUGAUAGAUUAGACAGGGGAAUUGGGAAAGAGUAAUCAAGGAUGACUCCUAGGUUUGUGGUCUGAGCUGCUGAGUGGACAUUGGAGCUAUUUAAUGCAAUGGGGACGACAGGGUUAAGAGGUUAAGACAAUGGGAUGGAAAUCAGGAGCUGUGUUUUGACCAUGCUAAGCUGAAAUGCCUGUUUGGCAACCAUGUGGGGCUGUGAGUAGACAGUUUAAUUUGAGUCUGGAGUUCACUGGGUAGCUUAGGGAUAUAUAUAUAUAGGGAUAUACACACACACACACAUAUAUUUGGGGUCAUAAGCAUUACUUCAUUUUAGUGGUGGGUUGGUAAACAGUCUCUCCAGAAAAACAAAACUCUGAUUUUUGCUGUUUACUGAUUUCUCUGGUGUAAAUACUCUCACCAUGGCCGAUUUCAGGCUGCCAGUAACCACUGGCUUGCAAAAGUCCCGAAUAUUUAACCAUCAGCUCCUGGAGCCAUUGCCUCAUUUGCUCAUCAAAACAUCCGGCACAUAUAUACAAUGGAAUAUUACUCAGCCAUAAAAAGAAACAAAAUUGAGUUAUUUGUAGUGAGGUGGAUGGACCUAGAGUCUGUCAUACAGAGUGAAGUAAGUCAGAAAGAGAAAGACAAAUACCGUAUGCUAACACAUAUAUAUGGAAUCUAAGAAAAAAAAAUGUCAUGAAGAACCUAGGGGUAAGACAGGAAUAAAGACACAGACCUACUAGAGAAUGGACUGGAGGAUAUGGGGAGGGGGAAGGAUAAGCUGUGACAAAGUGAGAGAGUGGCAUGGACAUAUAUACACUACCAAAUGUAAAAUUGAUAGCUAGUGGGAAGCAGCCACAUAGCACAGGGAGAUCAGCUCCGUGCUUUGUGACUGCCUGGAGGGGUGGGAUAGGGAGGGUGGGAGGGAGGGAGACGCAAGAGGGAAGAGAUGUGGGAACAUAUGUAUAUGUAUAACUGAUUCACUUUGUUAUAAAGCAGAAACUAACACACUAUUGUAAAGCAAUUAUACUCCAAUAAAGAUGUAAAAAAAAAAAAUCCCUUGAAGUUGGCAGGAAUAUCCAUUUGACAGAUGAGGCUUAGAGAGAUAAAGUGAUUUAUUCGAAGUCCACACAGGAAGCUGGUGGCAAAUUUAGGGGCCUCCUAACCCCCAGUUCACUCUGGCUUGCUGACUUGGAGAAUAAAACAGACUGCAGCAGGAAGCACUGUGGGGAAAUAUAAGGAAGAACUUCUCCCUGGAAAUGCUUAGAGGUCAUGGUUUAGGAUUUUUUUUUUUUCCUUUUUCUGUCUCACUUCCUUUUAAGAUGAUUUGGGACAAAUUAGGACUGAGAGGUUGCUGGAAAAGCCUUCAAGACAUAGGGACCUCAGGAUGCUUUUGGAAGUCAGGGGGCUGGAGGGAGCUGUUGUGUGUCUGUGGGGGCUUAGCUCCUGUGUCUCCCCCAGGACAGCGGAGCUGGUCGCCUCUCAUUCUGUACGAAGGUGUGCUACGGCAUUGGAGGGGUCCCCAACCAGGUGGCCUCCAGCGCCAUAGCCUUUUACCUGCAACUUUUCCUGCUCGAUGUGGCCCAGAUCCCUGCUGCCCAGGUGUCACUUGUCCUGUUUGGAGGGAAGGUGUCUGGGGCAGCUGCCGACCCUUUGGCUGGGUUCUUCAUCAACAGAAGCAGGAGGACAGGGUCUGGACGACUCAUGCCCUGGGUGCUGGGCUGCACGCCGUUCAUUGCCUUGGCCUCCUUCUUCCUGUGGUUCCUGCCCCCCUUCACCAGCCUGCGCGGCCUCUGGUACACAGCCCUCUACUCCCUGUUCCAGGCCCUGGCAACGCCCCAGGGAGCGGGACUCGGCCACUGUGUACCGGAUGACCUUGGAGAUGGCAGGGACGCUGAUGGGAGCCACUGUCCAUGGACUCAUCGUGUCUGGUGCCCACGGGUCCCACAGGUGCAAGGAGACUGCGCUCCCAGGACAAGUGGCUGUUUCCCCCAACGCGACUCGUCUCUACUCCAUUGCAGCCACUGUGGUUGCUGUGACUUACCCCGUGUGCAGUAGUUUGCUCUGCCUGGGGGUGAAGGAGCGACCAGAUGCUUCCGCCCGAGCCUCCGGCCAGGGCCUGAGCUUCCUGGCUGGGCUGCGGCUCACAGUGCGGCACCCGCCCUACCUGAAGCUGGUCAUCUCCUUCCUGUUCAUCUCGGCAGCCGUUCAGGUGGAGCAGAGCUACCUGGUCCUGUUCUGUGCACACGCCUCCCGGCUACAUGACCAUGUGCAGAGCCUGGUGCUAACCAUCCUGGUCUCGGCAGUGCUGAGCACCCCGAUGUGGGAGUGGGUUCUGCAGCGAUUUGGGAAGAGGAUGUCGGCCUUCGGGAUCUUUGGGAUGGUGCCAUUUGCAAUCCUGCUGGCUGCUAUGCCCACAGCACCCGUGGCAUACGUCGUGGCCUUUGUAUCUGGCGUGAGCAUUGCCGUGUCCUUGCUGCUACCCUGGUCCAUGCUUCCAGAUGUGGUGGAUGAAUUCCAGCUGCAGCACCAGCACGGCCCAGGGCUGGAGACCAUCUUCUACUCAUCCUAUGUCUUCUUCACCAAGCUUUCAGGAGGACCAGCUACAGCCUCGCUUGAAUUUGAGACUCCUGUGAGCUGGAAUGGCCGGAGCAGCGUCUUCUGGGCUCCAAGUCCCCCUUCUCAGCCCUUCGGCACCCCUGCUUCACAGUUUACACACGACCCAUCUUUUCCCCUGGGAUAUGGCAUCUUCGGUGACUCUCCUGAAGGGAGUGGCCUGGGCUCCGGGACCCCCGCCUGUCAUGUCUUGCCUGUUGACUGCAGGACAUCUCAGAUAGGCCUGUGCCCCUGACUGCCCAGCUCCAGGCAACCUGUGACCUGGAAAGCAUACCAGUAGCAACUAUUCCUGGAAAAAGGAAGCCCCUACCAGCUUGGUCUGCAGACUUCCUGUGGGAGCACCAGGCCCACCAACCUGCUUGGAUGGCAAAGCUACCUGACAGGACAGACACACAGAACUCAUUUCCCCUGAUGUUCCACUGGAUGUCUGAGAGAGGCUGACAGCACGUGAGUGGGCAGAGUGGGGACAGAUGGACAUGCUGGGAUGUCCAAUUAGGAGAGAGACAGAUGCAGCGAGGCCAGCAGACCCCAGAGGGAGCGAAUGGCGCCAGUGGUGGGGAUAGACUGAGCGAGACAUGAGGUGUUUCCUUCCCUUUGUACAGCUAAGUUGAUGACACUGUUUCUAGAAGUGGACAUUGACGGAUGUUGAGCCACCGAGGACCCAUCAUUUUUAUGAACAAAAGUUAUUUUUGCGGAAAUAUUUUUCUGAAAGUUUAUCUUUUUUUUUCUGGCUGUGCCUCACCACCUGCGGGAUCUUAGUUUCCCGACCAGGGAUGGAACCCAUGCCCCCUGCAGUGGAAGUGCGGAGUCUUAACCACUGGGCGGCCAGGGAAGUCCCCUGAAAGUUUAUCUUAUAAAAGCACAGGAACCACCGUUUUCUAGAGGACAUGUCUUCGGGAAGGAAAGAUCCACUGAGAUUUAUUUUUUCAGAAACAAAUUAAAGGGUUUAUCUUCUACUGAGUCUGUAAAA